CAAGUAGAAGAAAGGCCUGGCAUAGAAGUUUCUGCAGUAUGAGCUUUAUAAUUAUGCACUAGUUUUUUACAAAGAUAUUAUAACUUUAGUAUAUGCGUUAAUUUAGGGGAUAUUAUGCAGGAUAGCGAAUGGAAAGAAAUAUUAGAUGAAAUAAACUCUCAAGGUUUUAAUCAUAAAAAUAUAAUUGAUAGAAUAAAAGAAAAAUUAUUAGCGGCAGAACAUCAAGAUAUACAUAGAAAAUGGCAGAGAAACAGUUUUGAUGUCAAUUAUUUGUUUCCACUUCAAAAUGAACAUAUAGACGGUGAGUGCACAUUAUUACAUCUUGCUGCUAGUUAUGGCUUAAAAGACCUAGCAGCGGUUCUAUUAAGAAUAGGUGCAAAGUUUAAUGUUAGGGAUCAAGAUGAUGCAACUCCUUUACACUUGGCUGCCAAAAAUGGUCAUAUAAAGGUAGUAAAAGUUCUAUUACAAAAAGGUGCAGAUCCUUCAUUAAAAAAUGAAAAUGGUCAAACUCCAAUAAACUUAGCUCAGAAUAAUAAUAUAAGGCAGCUUUUGCAGAGGGCAAAAAAAAGAAAAGUACUUCACUCAGCUAUACUAAUAUGUAUGACUGUUAAUUUAAUUGUAACACUUGAAGUUAUAAUGGCAAUGUUGAAUAUUGCACAAGGAACUGUUCCUAUUGUAAUAAUGCCUAUAAUGUUGAUAUUUACUGUAAUUAUGAUAAUUGCAUUAGCUAUAACAGAUUGUGUCAUUGCACAUGAAGCACUUGCAUUUGAUAUUGAUGAACCUAAUGCUAACGAACCUAGUAGUGAAACAAGUGAAAUACAAAUAGAGGAAAGUCGUGACAUAGAAAUUUCUGAAGUAUGA